AUGGCCGCGGCCGCCACAGUGGUUAAGACAGGGGAUGGCCCCGAAGACUUCUUCCACUUGGAGUUCCCUUGGGAGCUGAACAACACAGACUACCUGAGGCGUGUCUUGGCCCAUGUCACGUUCGCCAUGCGGCCUGUGUAUGAGCAGGCAAUUCGGGCCGGACUUCCCUGUGAGAAGGAUGGACUUGGGAAUGAGAUUUCCCCGGAGACCAUCGACGCGUACUAUGCCCUGAAGCAUGUCAGGGCGCACAUGGACCACUACCUUCGCGUCUUGGAUGCAAGCGAGGAUUUCUUGAUCUCUGCUGUGCAGUUCCUGAACAAGGAGCGAAACCGACUGGCGCAUGAAAACCUGGCUGGAGGUGUCGCUCGCCUCGACCUGGAGCGAUCCUUUGGCAUGGCUGGCCGCAUCAUCGGGGUAGCUGGCGUGCGCUUCGCCCAGGACAACUUGGACCGCCUCCAGCGGCAGUACGACGCGCACCAGCGCUCCAAGGAACAGCGUCGGAACGCGGGCCCUGGUGCCCAGCGUGCAGACACAGGAGCAGCCCCAGCGGCCCCCGCGCGCCGAGGCCCUGCGCAAGGCCCUGCACAAGGGGCGCAAGGCCCUGCGCGAGGCCCAGCGCAAGGCCCAGCACAGGCAGCCCCGCGGCCAGCCCCGGCGGCCGCAGACGAAGAGCUGGAGUUGCGGGAGGCCCUGCCUGAGUUCGGACCUCGGGUGGACAUGCUGCGCCAGAUUCUGGCAAGGUACAAGGAGAGGCACAAUGUGCAGAUGUGCUGCGACCUGCAGGAGCUCAUAAAGCACCUCCAAGCCCGUGCGUCCGCUGUCCGCCAGCUUGGAGCAUCCAUUGCCCAGAAGCGGGCUAGCUAUGAUGAUGCAUAUGCGAAUAACGAUUUCCAGCGCGCGCAGCAGCUGCAGCAGAACAUUGAGGCUGAGGAGUCCCAGCUGCAGCAGUUGAGAGACGUCGCCAAGGAUUCCUGUUUUUUCGGGCUGCAGACCGGAAAAGGACUGACUGGACAGGGGCUGGCUGGACAGGGGCUGGCUGGAAUAGGGCUGCCUGGAAAAGUGAACGACUCCCACGAGCAGAGGAUGAUCUUGUCCCGCGUGUUGCCUUUGCUCCUGGCAGAUGGUUCAGCUGCGGAGAUGAAACAGGCGGGUUUCCUAAAGCAUCUCGUGCAAAGAGAGCGAGAAAUGCGGCCCCUCCUAGAAGCCGGCUUCAAGGCCUCGGAGUUGUUCCAGGCGGGCGCGACCAUGCAGCAACUUCGCGACUCGGGCCUAGGAGGCCAAGACCUGAGGCGGGUAUUACAGGAGGUCAAAGGCUCCAUGAAGAUGGUCGACUUCAGAGCGCGCGGCUGCCUGGUCGGGGACCUCGAGGACGCAGGCUUCUCCUUGCCGGAACUGCUCGAGAUAACGUCCCCUGCCGACCUCCAGUCCGCGGAUGCUGGGCCUUCGGACUUGGCAGUGCAGCUCUUCGCUGCAGGCGCUUCGCAGCAGGAGCUCAAGGUCCGGGGCUGCUCAGUGAAGAAGAUAUACGAAGCUGCGUGCUCGCAGAAUCGAUCGGAUUCCCCUUUGGUGCUCGAGGUGUUGCGACAGCUCACUGCAGAAGAGCUUUGGGAGCUAGGCUUUGACCAAGAUGUGGUCCUUCAUUGGAGUGAGUGA